AUGACCGGGAAAAAGCUGAUUGCUCGACAGAUAGUCAUAGAGCAAGAUAUUAUUCCUCGGGUUCCAUAUGACUUUACCUUAGUUGACCUCGGAAGUGGAGACUGUUCCAAAACGAGAUAUGUUAUAGAUGAGCUACUGAAAAGACAACAGAACCUUUCGUUUUUCCCUGUUGACAUUUCUAGAGAAUUUCUUUUGAAUUCUACAAAGAAACUGAGAGAAGAAUAUGCUGACUCGCUCGUAGUUACACCUAUAGGUGCGGACUAUCAACAAGGAGUAGAGCAACUGAAGCAAUUUAAAGGCCCUAAGCUGAUACUUUGGAUUGGCAGUAUGAUUAAUUUGCCUUAUGACGUUCAGGUGGAUACUCUCAGGAUGAUCUUCACUAUUAUGACAGACAAAUGCCGACUAGUCUUUACUGGUGACAUCACACAGGAUAGAGACGCUAUUCUUAAAGCCUACCAUGACGACGAAGGGUUAGCGCAAUGCUUCAUUGAAUAUGCCAUCACUCGCCUGAAUAAAGAGGAAGGCAGCCAGAUUGAUCUCGGGAAGUUCACAUAUCAGAUGGAUUUUAUCUCUGACCAGAAUCCCAAUCAUAUGAGCUACGUCACAGCUUACUUGGAAGCAAAGGAAGCUGUUAACUAUCCGAUACCCGGACUUGGUAUCGACUUGAUAAUGACCAAAGGAGAACGACUCUAUUUUCACGAAGGUGUUGGAUUUAGCUGUAAAUAUACACUGAAGCAGUUACAAAACAUUGCACAGAAAGCUGGACUCAUACUCACCAACACCUGGAGUGAUGGACAGAAACACGCCGCGUUUUGUUGUUGUACAACCGUUUAA